GGCGCCGGGAAAGAUGGCGGCGGAGGAGGAAAGGGACGAUCCUGAGGGCCCGUCUUAGCUCCGCCAUGAGCCUCCGGGGGAUCCUUUGGGGGCUGCUGUGGCUGUUUCGGGCCGUGGCCCAGGAUGGGGAUCAGGAUUUCCAGCCUUCGUUUAUCUACAUGUCUGGGACAAUGGUCACUGCUUCUUUGAUCAACAGCCAUGCAGAUACUUUCUCUCUCGCUGUGGCAGAUGAUGAAACAGGAAUGUUACCCCUUUCCGACUGUAGUGGUAGAAACAGAACAGAUGACUGGAGUUUGCAAGUCACACAUCAAGGGAACGUUUCCAGGGUGACGGUGUCCUUGACCAGACACCUUCAACUGUGUGCCCCAAACAUCACCGAUUGCUGCGUGGAGGCCCUGUGCUUGCUUCAAAGUUUGCAGGUCUCAGCAUGUCAAGGGACAACGCUGAUGGCCCGUCUAUUAAUCCAAGCAGAAAUAUAUGCUAAUACAUCUUCAGGAAACCUAACCGGAAAAAUAGAAGAGAACGCAACCGUGAUCCCCAAUCAAGUGUUUCACCCCUUGGGCUCCUGUCCCUGCAACCUCACAGCAGGAGCUUGUGAUGUUCAGUGCUGUUGUGAUGAGGAUUGUACCCCAGAGAUGAAGCAGCUCUUUGAGGGCUCCUGUUUUGAAGGGGUGUUCGGCGGGGACGUCAAUCCACCUUUUGACCAGCUCUGCUCAGUCAAAUUGGGAAUCUUGGCCCCUGACUGGUUUCCCUUCCUAUGUGUGCAGUCUCCCCUUAAUAAUUCCCCUUUCCUUGGAUACUUCUACGAUGGUUCUACUUCUUCAUCCCGGGCGUCUUCCUUUAUGCUUCCGUUGCAAACCACCCCAGGAAAACCGUCCAACGGUUAUAAGCAAGGAGAUCCAAUCCUGACUGUUCACAAUGACUAUUUUACAGUUCCACAGCCAUUCAUAGCUGGCAGCUGUGCAAGAAACGCUCCAGUUUCCUUCCUUCAGAAUAUUGAAGCCAAAUGCGCAGCUACAUGCAAGGAAGCCGAAAGCAUCAUGUCAACCAUCGCAAUAAACAGCGGUGUUGGAGAUAACAUCAAACCAGAGGUGACCUACCAGGAGAGAAGUUCUCCUCCGCUCCCUUGUGCCGAGCUUGAAUGCAGAAAUGUGAGCUUUGCUGAAGAUUACAUCAUUGUAUGGGAAGGCAAAAGAAUAAAAGAGCUGAAGAUCAAAGUCCUUUAUGGAAGAAUGUGUCCAGAAGAAACGAUAACACAGAAAUUCACUGUCACAUUUGUGAGCGCCAAUGCUACAAACAUGGAGGAAUUCUCGGGGAACCCAGGUUAUCAGCUUGGCAAGCCGGUUAGAGCUACCAACUUGACUUCAUCGGCUCCUGUUACUUUUCUAAAACUUUGGAAGCCAGUUGGUGAGAACUUGUGUUCAUCAGCAAACCUGACCCCUCUUUUGUUUGGGUUCAAUUCCAUUUCUGGAUGCAUAAUGGAAAUCAGCCUUGAAGACAACUGCACGCAGUUGAGAGAGGAUGUUGCUGCACGACUGAAUUCCUUGGUGCAAGUGAGCCACGUUGGAAAAAGAGGCAACGCCCGUAGAAACAUCUCAGACGACUGGGUGGAAGUCCUCCGUUUAAAUGCCUCUUCCAGUGCAAACACAAGUGAGGGGAGCUUAAGAGGAAUUUGUCCUGAUGUUCCUGCCCACCUGAACAUUCAGAUCAUCACCGCUGAUGUGGGCGCAAUAGAAGGAAUCCCUCAAGAAGAGAUACUUGGGGUGCAGCUCAGUUUUUCAACCAUAACCUGGCAGGUUCGCUGUGCCCUGGCUUGUCCAGAGAACGUCACUUCCCUUCCCAUCUCUGCUGCCGUGCAGUUUAUUAAAGUACCUGCUCAGCCCCCAGUGCCAAAGACCAGAUUUCAAAUUAACUACACCGAGUAUGACUGCAGGAGGAACGACGUCUGCUGGCCUGAGCUUUUUUAUCCCAUGACCCGCUACUACACAGGAGAGCCCUAUUCUCACACGCUUGCCAAAGGCCUGGUGCUGGUUUUCUUCGUCCUCCUCGCAGUGGUGCUGAGUGGUCCUUGGAAUGGGAUCCUCCGCCUGUGGAAGAAGCUCUGAAAAACCUUCGCAUCACCCACAGACUUUUUUUGGAUCGGGCUUUUUUUUACGUUUUUUUUAAUCAUGCAUCUUUUAUGGAAGGAGAAAAAAAAGGGGUUUCCCCCCCAGAUAUAUUUUCCUAAAAAGGGGGGGGGGAGAGAGAGAGAAAAUAAAAAAUGG